AAAAACAUUAAAUAAUCUUGAAACAAAAUGACUACGGCUGCAAGACCCACGUUUGAACCUGCUAGAGGAGGACAAGGACGUGGUGAAAAAGAUUUAAGUGCAAUAUCAAAACAAUACAGUAGCAGAGAUUUACCGUCACAUACAAAACUAAAAUACAGAGAGCAUGGACAGGGAACAGUAGAAGAACUGCGAAAUCGUGAUUUUCGCAAGGAAUUAGAAGAAAGGGAACGUGAGAGGGAAAAGGAGAAAAGUUCUAAUCGACGUAUGAUAGAAGCACCUAGGGAAACUUCCACAACAAGUGCUAAAAGACAAAAGAUUGAUCAAGUACCUACAGCAAGUUUAGAUGCAGAUGAUCCUCUUGAUGAUGAUGAUUCAGAAUCAGAAAGUGAUGAAGAUGAUACUGCUGCUCUUUUAGCUGAAUUGCAACGCAUUAAAAAGGAAAGAGCUGCAGAACAAGCUAAAAAAGAAAUGGAGAAACGACAGGAAGAAGAAAGAAUAAGAAUGGAAAACAUCCUGUCUGGGAAUCCUUUACUAAGUUAUUCCUCUCAGAGUGGAAGAACAGAUAUGAAAGUUAGACGUAGAUGGGAUGAUGAUGUUGUAUUUAAGAACUGUGCCCGUUCUGAACCAAAAAAGAAACAUGAUGUGUUCAUAAACGACUCGUUAAGAAGUGAAUUUCACCGUAAAUUUAUGGAAAAAUACGUUAAGUGAACAAACUACUGUAAUAAGUAUAUUGUGCUUGUACAUAAUUUUAAGUUAAUGUUAUCAUACUAUCUAUAAGUA